UCCGAUGCACCUCAGGCAGCAGCAGCAGCAGCAGCACAGGGCGGAGAUGGUUGCGCCCAAGGGGUGCGUGACGGUGCGCGUGGGGGCGGACGGGGAGGAGCAGCGCCGCUUCGCCGUGCCGCUCGACCACCUCAAGCACCCGCUCUUCGGGGCGCUGCUCGACGAGGCCGAGCGCGAGUACGGCUUCAGGCACCAGGGCGCCAUCGCCAUCCCCUGCCGCGUCGACCGCUUCGUCCACGUCGAGCGCCUCAUCGACCGCGACCUCGGCGCGCACGGCCACCAGCUCGUCGACCUCGACUGCGGCGCCGCCACCGCCCACGCCCACGGCCACCUCCACCUGCCGCGCUUCGUCGGCUGCUUCCGCGCGUGACGGUGACGAUGGCGACGCGUCGUCGGCCGCUGGAUCUCUUGCUGUUUCUUUGUUAGGGUUGGUUCGUUGAGUAGUUCUCUCCCGUAUGCUGCUGGAUAGUUUGUUUCGCCCUCCGGUCUCGAUCGAUCUCCCGUACGUAUGGGUUUGUUAUGCAUGGUUGUUCUCCAUUGGUUUGGUUUGUGCUGGCUGGGAGAAUCGAUCGGAGGACGAAUUCCAUGUUGAUGAUGAUGAUGAAAAAUUAUGAUCCAAGUGUAAAGAGAUAAUGUAAUUGUUAGUAGCUUAUUAAUCCUCUCCUUUUUUCCUUCAUCAA